AUGGUGUAUCCCGAUGGCCAUGGCUAUUUUCCAGACUCGGUUUCUACGCGGGCCAGCCGACACGUGAAAGAGCUCGAGGCUUUGGUGAAGGAUGGAAAGCAGUGUACCGUGAUGUUUGUCGUCCAAAGAGAGGACUUGCGCGGCAAGGUUCGGCCUUCGGCCUUUCAUGAUCCCAAAUUUGCUGAAGCUUGUCGUCAGGCUGCUUCAGUGGGAGUUCGCUUCCGCGCCCUGUUGGUCUCUUGCAGCCUUGCUGGGCUCACAGUUGAACGUGAGGUGGCCGUGGAUUUGGCCGAAUACGACCUACGACCCAUCGCUGGAUGGGUGGCUGAAAACCGGGACGCGACUGGCUGGAUUCGAUCCGCCUCGCAGCGGAGAGUGGCGAAUGGUCCAUUCCCCCACGAAGUGGCGAAGCCGCGCAGGAGGUCGAAAGACUGCUUCCCCAUGGCGCUGAAGGAACAGGCUGAGCAGGAGAUUUGCUUCGACUUGUGUUGA